AUGAGCUCAGGAGGAACUCGCGUGUAUGUGGGCGGUCUCGUGGAGGGUAUCAAAAAAGAAGAUUUGGAACGAGAGUUCGAUAAAUACGGCAAGCUUAACUCCGUGUGGGUCGCACUUAACCCUCCAGGCUUUGCUUUCAUUGAAUUUGAAAACAUGCAGGAAGCUGAAGAUGCUUGUAGCGCGAUGAAUGGUUUUGAAAUGCUAGAGGCGGCCGGGGUGGUAAUUUCAGAGGACGCUCCUUUGGAGGCUCCCCGGGUGGUAGGUCUUUCGGGGGCGGGCGACCUUUUAACCGUAACAGCCAAGGUCCUCGGAAUAAUUUCUAAUAUCGAGUCUUCUAUAACAUCGAGGCAAAUGAAUGAACAAUCUUCAGUAUAUCUUUAA